CGCACUACACAUCUGCUAAAACAUGAAGUUCCUCAUCGUCUUCGUCGCUCUCUUCGCCCUGGCCCUCGCCGCCCCUCCUGCUGCUGACGUUUCAGUUGUGGAGCAGAAAUCAGAUGUUCAGGCUGAUGGUUUCAAAGCCAAAUUGGUGUUAAGUAAUGGCGUUAAGGAAGAGUCCGAAGGUCAACUUAAGGACAUUGGCACAGAGAAUGAGGCAUUCUCCGUUAAGGGUUCGUACUCCUUUGUUGAUGACGAUGGUGUGACGUACGAGGUUAACUACAUUGCCGAUGAGAACGGUUUCCAGCCACAGGGUGCUCAUUUGCCCGUAGCCUAA